UCAUCGAUCUGAUCUCCGCCGACAACGCAGUGUUACAAAUCUGACCAUCGCGCUCGAAUCUGCGGCAUGUCUGGACGAGGAAAGGGCGGCAAGGGUUUGGGCAAGGGCGGUGCGAAGCGGCACCGCAAGGUCCUCCGAGACAACAUCCAGGGCAUCACCAAGCCGGCUAUCCGGCGCCUCGCGAGGAGGGGCGGGGUGAAGCGCAUCAGCGGCCUCAUCUAUGAGGAGACCCGCGGCGUACUGAAGAUCUUCCUCGAGAACGUCAUCCGCGACGCCGUGACCUACACCGAGCACGCCAGGAGGAAGACCGUCACCGCCAUGGACGUCGUCUACGCCCUCAAGAGGCAGGGAAGGACUCUCUAUGGCUUCGGGGGCUAGAUCUGCUUACGCUCUAAUCCUCUUGCAGUGAAGAGCAAAAUUAAGAACGUAAUCGAAUCGGAUCGGUUGCCAUGCGAUCGAUUUAGGUUUUUUUUGAAGUGUUCUUUGCGUUUGUUCUUCUCUAAUCUUAAACCCUAAUGCUCUCUAA